CUUGACGUACGGGCCUCACGUCGAACAUCAAGGCAGGUACUACCUGUACCACGAGUGUCGAGCGAUCGACUCGACGUGCAGCAUACUAGUGAUCAUCGCAGCCACGACAUCACCUUGGAAGCCAGUACCUCGCGCCGCGAAGUACUGGGAUUGAACCGAGUACCGACUGCACGGGGUCACCCAGUGACUGUCGAUGUGAGUCAAUGGCCCAUGGAUAAGGCGUCGCGCGAGGAGUGCUUCACACUCCUUGCAGACCAACUCGACCUCGACCUCGAUGAGGCUGAUUUUGCGGCGAGUGUUGGCGAGUGGGACAUUUGGGCUCACUGCAAGAGGUCAGCACUUAGCUGUGGGCAUGCAAUCGAGGAGAUGUCCCCGCGACUGGGGACAUAUUCUCGUGCAGCUCGUCGAGCAUGGGACCACUUCCAGAGGGAGUUGGAAGUGGUUCCUCUCGAGUUCGAUCCUCUGCUGGUUGCACCAUUACCUAUGGAGAUGGUGCGAUAUUGGGCCUACAACAAGCUGGGAUGGCUUGUUGUACCACCUCGCAGUCAACCUCAGGAUGACUCCGACUGGUACAACUCCUCUGAUGAGGAGCCUCGUACCACAACUCGUGAGGAUUACUCUGACCAUGUUGAGUCAGAGUCUCUCUCCGAGUCCGAGCAUCAUAGCUCGUGGGAUUCUUCGAAUCCAGGUUCUGAGGGGGCAGACUCAGUAGUAGUCUCUGACUACUACGAGCAGUCCGAGAUGGAGGAUACCUACAGUUCUUCUGCACUAUCUGCUGAAGACGAGGGUAACUCCGAAGAUGCAGACUAUUACUCGGAGUCCGAGUAG